AUGCCCGUCGAGACGAACGUCACCACCCCGCCCACCGACCCGAAGCUCGUGCCGGAGCUCAAGACCAACCACCCGAAGAAGCUGCACAGCCUGCGGGCGGGCCUGAUCCUCUCGCGGCCGCCGCUGCUGACGCGCGAGCAGACGCCCUUCGAGCAGGCCUUCUACCUGUACCAGAAGCGGCUGAACGAGCGGCUGGCGACGCCCUUCUCGCGCCGCUUCUACUUCAAGAAGGACCAGCCGGCGACCAUCGACUUCGCCAUCAAGUGGGCCGAGCGCGGCCACACCAUGGAGCGCGGCAUCGGCCGCGUCACGCGCUCCGGCAAGUGGGCCUGGGACGACGAGCUGCUGCUCGGCGGCCAGGGCGAGGCCCUCGCCGACGCCGGCGCCCUGCGCGAGGCGCUCUACACCGAGGCCGAGAGCCGGGUCUCCGAGGACGGCGAGCGCCUGAGCUUUGACGACCGCGUGCGCAUCGAGAGGCCGAACCCGCGCCGCACCGAGGCAGACCGCGCCGGCGACGUCAGGAGGCUCGACCGCGCCCUCGACCGCACCCUGUACCUGAUCGUGAGGAAGGAUGGCCUGUGGCGCUUCCCGCAGGAUGACGUGUGGCCGGACGAGGGCCUGCACGAGACCGCCGCGCGCGCGCUGACCGGCUGCGCGGGCGUCAACAUGAACACGUGGAUGGUGGGACGCGUGCCGGUGGCGCACGAGCACAGGGAGCCCGUGUACACGGGCGGCGAGAACGGCACAGAGCGGCGGAUCAAGGCGUACGGGCGCGACAUCUUCUACCUGCGGGCGCGCAUCAUGGCCGGCCAGGUCGACCUGGCCGACAACAAGUGGGGCGUCACCGACUUCAAGUGGCUGACCAAGGACGAGCUGGCAAAGGCCAUCAACCAGCAGACCAUGCGGAGCGUUAUGAACUCCAUGCCGGCGCGGUAG